CGGAGCUCCGAAGCGGCCAAUCACCAGGACGACACACAGAGCCAGCUAAAGGUCGCGGCAAAGACAGCAAUGGCGCAGCAGGGUGGCAGCAGCAGCAGCGGCGGCGGCGGAAGCCUCAACGUGAGCCCGAUGAAGCCUUUGGCGUCGCUGAAGGUGCUGGUGGUGGAUGACGAGCCAAUGAUGCGAACCAUCCACAAGGCUCAGCUGGUUAGAGCUGGGAUCAAUGACGUGGAGGUGGCUGCUAACGGCAAGGACGCCGUUGAUCUUCACGUUAACGGCGCUACCUUCGACCUCAUCCUCAUGGACCUUCACAUGCCCAUCAUGGACGGCUGUCAAGCUACGAAGGAGUUGCGGGCGAUGGGGGUGAAGAGCUCCAUUGUUGGGGUGACGAGUUCGGGUGGCGCCGAGAAAACAGCCUUCCUUGCUUCCGGUCUCGACGACUGCGUUUCCAAGCCCUUCGUCCUCCAGCAGAUUGCCCACUACCUCAAGGUGCCGCGUUCCCCAACAAACCCGCCCAAAUAUCACAAUCCAUAGUACGCAACUUAACUGCCAGGCCCAGCCCAGCCCACUGCCUCGAUACCUGCAUUGCAUGGGCCCAUCUACCCACUAUAACUACUAUUAUCAGUUUAUCAUUAUUACUAUGAUUAUCGGCCUGUUGGAAGAAAGUGCAUUUCUUUUCUCUA